AUGUCUUCUCCUUCCACUACCCAAACAGCGCUCAUCGUGUCCAGCAUUGGCGGACGCAUAACCUCAACAUCAUCCUGGCCCAUCCCGCGCCCAGGACCCAAACAAGUCCAGAUCCGCAUCACAGUAGCCGGCCUCAACCCUCACGACCAGAAGUCGCGGGACGCAGGGCUGCUUAUAAAAGACAAGCUACCCGCCAUCAUCGGCAACGACAUCACGGGAGUCGUGACGGCGAUUGGAGAGCAAGUCACCAGGUUCAGCGUGGGCGACAGAGUGGUGAGCCAGAGUCAAUUGGCCUACGAGCAAAAAGCACUACAGCAAUUUGCUGUCCUUGAGGAAGAUUUUACGGCAAAGAUACCGCAUCCGUUUUCUGAUCACGACGCUGCUACACUUCCUACAAACGCUCUUGCUGCACUUAUAAGCCUGUUUGACCCAACCAGUGGCCUGGGUAUUCCGGCCCCUUGGAGCAACAGCACAUCGUCGUUUGAUUAUGCAGCAACUACACUUCUUAUUGUAGGCGGCGGAACUAACUGUGGUAGAUUCGGCGUGCAAUUUGCAAAGAUGGCGGGCAUAGGACGAAUCGUCGUUGUUGGGGGAGAGGAAGAGGAGCUAAAGAAGUGGGGUGCGACAGUCGUUUUGGACCGACACGGUGGCGAUGCCGCCGUCAUCCAUCGCAUCAGACAAGUCGUCGGCGACGACCUGGUCUAUGUUUUCGACGCCAUCAAUCUGCCCGAGGCACAACAUGUCGGUAUUAGUGCCUUGUCUUCUUCCCAGAGGGGAAAGCUCGCGCGCUUGCGUUCUUCGGUGGGAAGUGUCGACGAGACCAAGAUUGUUGGGGAGAAGAAUGCCGGAUAUGAGUUGAAGAAUGUGCUGGGCAUCUCGCAGUUGAAGCCAGAUACCGUACGCCCCUUUUGGGAGAGGCUGGAAGGGUACCUGCAGGAUGGGAGUGUGGUGCCGCUGAAAUAUGAAGUCAUUAACGGGCUGGAUGCGGAUAAGGUCAAUGAGCUGUUGGACAGAUACCGUGACGGUAAAAAGGUUGUUCAGACACAUUUCAGGGUGUCGGAGUAG